AUGACCCCAACACGGUCUCACUACGAGGUGCUGGGAGUGGACACUGCGGCAACAACAGUAGAGAUCCGUAAAGCAUACCGCUCGCUCGCACUCGAGUCUCACCCAGACAAGGUAGACGAGAAGAACCGCGAGGCAGCCACGGAGCGGUUCAAGUGCAUUGCAGUCGCCUACAAUAUCCUGUCCGACCCCGAGCAACGCGCCGAGUAUGACCUCCAACAGGCCUCCCCCGUCCCCCACCCAGCCUCUGCGACCAGGGCAAACGGACCCCGGACUUGGGAGGAAAUGGUUCAGAUGCACGCACAGGCUCGCUUCCACGACGACUACCUGCGGCGGUUUGGGCCGAUGGCGGCGGAGCGGAUGGGACCCGGUGGUCACGCCCGUGGCAAUAACAUGGAGGGGUUCGACCAUGACAGCUGGUUUGCUGCACAAGAACAAGCCGCACAGGCUGCCCAAGCGUCGUUUGCCCGCAGUGGUGAACGUGCACGCGAGCAUGUGCGGCGUCAGUCGGCAUCGGCUCCGCGUCGCCCGCCCUCAUACAACGCGCCGCCGUUCAUCUUCCCGGGUCGCUCCCCUUACGUUGACGACUGGGAGCCGCCGCUUGGUACGCUGGAUACACCGUUCGGCCGGAGGGCCAACCUGGACGAGCUCGACGUAUUCAACCCGCGGACGCUGGAGGACAUGGACCUCGAGUACACUGCCGUCCAAAUCCAACACGAGAUGGAUCGUCGACGCCGUCCCAAUGCCUAA